AUGUCAAUUGCCCAAUCCCUCAACGGCCUGAUGGGCGCCAACGUUCCCACGACCCCCGAAAACACGGCCACCUUCCCUUCUGCCCACCACGCGCCCGCGCCGCCCGCCGCGCCCAUUGCGCCCAGCAACCGGCGUCUGUCGGGAGCUGUGCCUCAGCUUACGCUCGAUCCCGAGAGCCUGUCAGCUUCCAAGAUGGCCGCCCUUGCCUCGCCCUGCUUCUACCACAAGAAAUUCGACGCGGCCGUCAACAUUGACAAGGUGCUGGAGGAGAUACGGGACAACGAGGGCAUGUCGCACUCGCGGCUGGUGCAGACGGCGACGGGCGUGCGCGAGGUGUCGAAGCAGCUGCAGCGGCGGCCCAUGAAGAUUGCGGUCAAGAACAUCAUGAUCGUGACCAAGGCGCGCGACAACGGGCUGGUGGACCUGACGCGCGAGCUGACCGAGUGGCUGCUGAGCACGCCGCGCCACGGCAAGGACGUGGGCGUCAACGUCUACGUCGACCACAAGCUGCGCAACUCGCGGCGCUUCGACGCGGCGGGCCUGCUGCGUCGCGACGAGCGCUUCGCCGCCAUGCUGCGCUACUGGACGCCCGAGCUGUGCUUGGCCGCGCCCGAGAAGUUCGACCUCGUCCUCACCCUCGGCGGCGACGGCACCGUGCUGUACACGUCGUGGCUGUUCCAGCGCAUCGUGCCGCCCAUCCUGUCCUUCAGCCUGGGCAGCCUGGGCUUCCUGACCAACUUUGAGUUCUCGGCCUACAAGGAGCAGCUGUCGCGCAUCAUGGGCGACGCGGGCAUGCGCGUCAACCUGCGCAUGCGCUUCACCUGCACCGUGUACCGCGCGAACCCGGCCCACGACCCCGGCGACGCCGACUCGCCCUCGCACCACGAGGCCGAGCAGUUCGAGGUGCUCAACGAGCUGGUCAUCGACCGCGGCCCGUCCCCCUACGUGUCCAACCUCGAGCUGUACGGCGACAACGCGCUGCUGACGGUCGUGCAGGCCGACGGCUGCAUCUUCAGCACGCCGACGGGCAGCACGGCGUACAGCCUCAGCGCGGGCGGGUCGCUCGUGCACCCGGACAUACCGGCCAUCCUGCUGACACCCGUGUGCCCGCACACGCUGUCGUUCCGGCCGAUGCUGCUCAACGACAGCAUGCUGCUGCGAGUCGCGAUACCGCGCAACAGCCGGGCGACGGCGCACUGCGCGUUUGACGGCAAGGGCCGCGUCGAGCUGCGCCAGGGCGACCACGUCACCAUUGCCGCGUCGCAGUACCCGUUCCCGACGGUGCUGAGCCGGCCCACCGAGUGGUUCGACAGCCUGGGCCGCACGCUGCGCUGGAACAUGCGCGGCGCGCAGCAGAAGGCGUGGGAUGGUGGGGACGGCAAGGACGAGGACGAGGGCUUCGACAUUGACAUUGACGAUGCUGGCGCCGACGAGGCCGCCCGUGAUAGCGGCUAUAGCGCUGCUACGAGCACUGUCAAGUUGUUAGGUAUGAGCGAGGGAAGUGGUGGAAGUGACUGCUGA